AUGUCCGUCUACAAAGCAAGGUCAAAAGUGUCUCUAGGUCCCGCGCCCCCUGUCAUCCAGGGUAUCCAACUUGUUCCAGCCACAGCACUACCUGAUAAACUUCGCUCGGUGUUCAAGUUUGAUGUUUUCAACGCCAUUCAGUCCAAGUGCUUCGCUAUUGCCUUCGAAACUGAUGACAAUAUGAUCGUGUCAGCCCCAACAGGAAGCGGCAAAACAGUCGUCAUGGAGCUUGCCAUUUGCAGGCUCAUGGCUGAAUUUCGAGGGAAGGACUUCAAGAUAGUCUACCAGGCUCCCACAAAGUCACUUUGUUCCGAGAGGUAUCGAGACUGGCACGUAAAAUUCGGUGUGCUCAACCUGCAGUGCGCCGAGCUCACAGGUGACACGGACUCCAGCCACUUGCAGAACGUACAGAGUGCCCACAUUAUCCUCACGACUCCAGAGAAAUGGGACAGUGUUACUCGAAAGUGGAAAGACCACGCCAAGUUGAUGCAACGGGUGAAGCUAUUCCUCGUCGACGAGGUCCAUAUUCUCAGGGAAAGUCGCGGUGCAAUCUUGGAGGCUGUGGUCUCACGUAUGAAAUCGGUGAGUUCGGGUAUCAGGUUUGUGGCACUAUCCGCGACGGUUCCGAAUUCGGAAGACAUUGCAACCUGGCUGGGCAGAAACCCUACUUCGCAGAGCUUGCCGGCACAUCGGGAGGUCUUUGGCGAAAGCUUUCGUCCUGUGUUACUUAAGAAGCACGUUUAUGGUUUCGAAACAAAGGGCAACGAUUUCGUCUUUGAAAAGUUGUUGACACAGCAGAUACCCCAUGUCAUAGCCAACCACGGCAAAGGAAAGCCUGUGAUGAUCUUUUGUCCAACCAGACGGGCAUGUACCACUACUGCAAAGAUGCUGGCGGAUAAAUGGAUGAGCUCACAUCCCUCGCAACGUCUCUGGCGUGGACCGGACAGACCGGACAGACCGCUCUCCUUCUCAAACACCGAGGUUGAUGCCACCUCCGCAGCCGGCGUAGCUUUUCACCACGGAGGUCUAAGUGCCGAAGAUCGUCGUGGAAUUGAACAGGCUUUUCUGCAUGGGCAAAUUAAUGUCCUAUGCUGCACAUCGACCUUGGCCGUUGGUGUAAACCUACCGUGCUAUUUGGUGAUACUGAAAGGAACUACCGCCUGGACUGAUAACGGGUUCCAAGAAUAUGCUGAUCUCGAAGUUAUGCAAAUGCUAGGCAGAGCUGGCCGACCACAGUUUGAAACCUCGGCAUGUGCAGUUAUUCUCACUCGAAAGGAGAAAAUUGCCCACUAUGAACGAAUGGUCUCAGGAGAAGAGGUGCUUGAGAGCUGUCUUCACCAAAAUCUGAUCGAGCACCUCAACGCUGAAAUCGGCCUGGGUACUAUACGUGACCUGAAUGCGGCGAAGCAAUGGCUUGCGGGUACGUUCUUGCAUGUUCGACUCCAGAAAAAUCCAUCGCACUAUCGCUUCAAAGAAGACAUCGACGAGAACAGUGAGGACGAUCUGUUAGCACGGUUGUGCAAGAAGGACAUCUCAUUGCUUCAUGAAGCAGGCUUCAUCAACACAGAGCCUCAGCUGACCUCCACCGCGUACGGCGAGGCAAUGGCACGAUAUUAUGUCAGUUUCGACACCAUGAAGUUGUUUGUGGGGUUGCCUCCUAGAGGCAAGACUUCUGAAAUUCUUUCGGUAUUGGCGCAAGCACGAGAGUUUCGUGAGGUGCGGAUGCAAGCGGGCGAGAAAUCAUUCUAUAAACAGAUCAAUAAAGCACCGGAGAUCAAGUUCCCUAUAAAGGUUGACAUCGCCUUGCCAGCACAUAAAGUCUCGCUUGUGAUACAGGCCGAGUUGGGAAAUGUCGCGAUCCCUGACGACGAAAACUACAAGAAGCAUCACCAACAGCAUAGGAACGAUAAGCUCACCGUCUUUGCACAUGCCAAUCGUCUGAUCCGAUGCCUGAUCGACUGUCAAGUUCACCUAAAGGACGCCGUUUCAACGCGGCAUGCCCUUGAGCUUGGCCGGAGCCUGGCGGCUCAUGUGUGGGACAACACAGCUAGUCAGCUCAGACAGAUCGAAGGUCUUGGUGAAGUAGCUGUUCGAAAAUUGGCAUCAGCUUCGAUUAACAGCAUCGACACACUGCUCAAUACCGAGCCAUCCCGCAUUGAACUCGUCCUGGGGAAGAAUCCUCCAUUUGGUCUUGAGCUCCUGAAGAAGCUUGAGAGCUUUCCAAAUCUGAGGGUAUCCGUCAAGGAGAUAAGCAGAGAACCUCGGCCUGGACGGGGAGUGACCGUCAGCUUCGUCGCGGAAAUUGGGUUUCUGAACGUCGGACAACCGAGGAGCUUCAAAAAGAAGCAGCAGCUGUUUGUUUGCUUCUUGGCGGAAACAUCUGAUGGCGACCUCGUGGACUUCCGGAGAAUUGGCGCAAAGAAUGUGGGAAUGGGCAAUGAGGUUUUCUUGACCGUACAGCUCACAAAGCCUACCAGUCACCUUAACUGUUAUGUGAUGUGCGAUGAGAUCGCAGGCACCAGCAAAUAUGCCGAGCUACGUCUGUCAGGGAUUCCAGAUUCGAUCUAUCCUAGUCUUAGGCACUUGGAAGAGACAUCCACUGACUCUACGACAACCUCGCAUGGCAGUGGUCACGGCGCCGAUUCCUGGGACGAUGAAUUCGACGAUGGGGGAAUCGACGACCAGGAUCUUCUAUCGGUUGAAGCUCAUGGGGACAAGAUUGAAGUCAUUGAGGACAUUGACGCCAUUCUAAACGAAGAGAGCCAGCAUCAGAGGCAAUCAUUCAAGACUUCGACAGCCAUGGCUCAUCAGACAAGGCUCGAGCGUGAUGAAGACACUGAUAUUUCGGUCUACCGAGAACCAAUUAGAUUGUGCAAUGGUAGGUGGACAUGCCAGCACGAUUGCAAGGAGCGCAACAGAAAGUGCAAGCAUAAAUGUUGCGCAGAAGGCGUGACGAAACCUAGACGCCGUCCUAAGGCGGAGUCGAAGUCAAAUGGGGAAGAAAAGGUUCAGAUGACAAUGACCAGUGUGGCAACGGGUAAGUUGAAAGCAAAACCAGUUGCGCAGAAGGCGAAAAGCACAGAGAGAUUGCAGAAAUCCAGACCAAGAAGUGACAGUGAUACGGUCUCAGUGGGUGGCAAGGAACAUUCAGCGGAGCCCGCUUACAAGAGAACAAAGAUGUCAGCUGACGCAAACUUGGGGGAUAGCGGUCUGACACAGACAAGUCACAGCCGUCGGUUCUAUGGGCCUGACAAAUCUAACCCGGAGGCUAAGGUGUCGAUGAGGAAGGAGCGCGAGACGAAAGUGGAAAGCAACAGCUGUGCGGAUGAAGACGACGCUCUUUUCGACUUCUCGAACAGCAGUGCGGAUGAAGUGGAUACCGAACACCUUACGUCCCAGGCGACCAUGUCCAAAGAAGAGAAUGCACGCCCUGUUUCAGCAAUGGCCGAGGAUGACUGGUUAGAACAGGAGCAGUUUCCUGACUUUGCAACCUCGGACUUUGAUCUCGGCGGCUUUGAGCCACCACUUGACCAUGUUGCAAUGUCCGAUGUGCAUAGGCCAUGUAAAGGUCUCUUUGUUGAUGGUUUCAGCAGCAGUCCAGCCAAAACGUGGAUACCAAAUGUUGAGCAAGUUGAGAGAGAAGAAGAUGCUUUCAAUACUACCGCAGAUGGUGACAUGUGUUCGACUGAUCCUAUUGACACUAUCGACGUCGACCACCCUUUCGACCUGGCCGAUAAAGCAGGAUCACUGCCCACCACUCCCACAGAGAUCCCGGUGGACACACCGGAAGAGACAGAACUGCGAAUGAUCACAAAGGCAAGGGAGCAGUCUGCAGCGAGUGUACCACAUGAGAGCGAGGCAGAACGCCAACAGCAGUUGUACGAGGAAGACCAGAAGAAGAAAUGGGAAGGGAUUGAUCAGUGGAUUUACGAUGCGUUCCAUGAGUACGUUGAGCUUGUCUGA